AUGGCGGGCGCCGGCGAGCGCAAGGGCAAGAAGGACGACAAUGGCAUCGGCACGGCCAUUGACUUUGUGCUCUCCAAUGCCCGGCUGGUGCUGGGCGUGGGCGGCGCUGCCAUGCUGGGCAUUGCCACCCUGGCGGUGAAGCGGAUGUAUGACCGGGCCAUCAGCGCCCCCACCAGCCCCACCCGCCUGGGCCAUUCCGGGAAGAGGAGCUGGGAAGAGCCGAACUGGAUGGGCUCCCCGAGGCUGCUGAACAAGGACAUGAAGACGGGCCUGAGCCGCUCCCUGCAGGCGCUGCCCACCGACGCCUCCGCCUUCGACACCGAUACGUUCUGCCCGCCCCGGCCCAAGCCAUUGGCCAGGAAGGGCCAGGUAGACUUGAAGAAGUCACGACUCCGCAUGUCCCUGCAGGAGAAACUGCUCACCUACUACCGGGACCGGGCGGCCAUCCCCGCCGGCGAGCAGGCGCGGGCCAAGCAAGCUGCCGUGGACAUAUGUGCCGAGCUGCGGAGCUUCCUGCGGGCCAAGCUGCCUGACAUGCCGCUCCGAGACAUGUACCUGAGCGGCAGCCUCUACGACGACCUGCAGGUGGUGACAGCUGACCACAUCCAGCUCAUCGUGCCCCUCGUGCUGGAGCAGAACCUCUGGUCGUGCAUCCCGGGCGAGGACACCAUCAUGAACGUCCCUGGCUUCUUCCUGGUCCGCCGCGAGAACCCCGAGUACUUUCCCCGUGGGAGCAGUUACUGGGACCGCUGUGUCGUCGGGGGCUACCUGUCCCCAAAGACCGUGGCAGACACGUUUGAGAAGGUCGUGGCCGGCUCCAUCAACUGGCCGGCCAUUGGCUCCCUCCUGGACUACGUCAUCCGGCCCGCCCCGCCCCCCGAGGCCCUGACUCUGGAAGUUCAGUAUGAGCGGGACAAGCAUCUGGUCAUUGACUUCCUGCCGUCGGUGACCCUUGGGGACACUGUCUUGGUGGCCCGGCCACAUCGACUAGCCCAGUACGACAACCUGUGGCGGCUGAGCCUGCGUCCAGCCGAGACGGCUCGCCUGCGGGCCCUGGACCAGGCCGACCUGGGCUGCCGCUCUCUGUGCCUCAAGAUCCUCAAGGCCAUCUGCAAGUCCACCCCCGCUCUGGGCCACCUCACUGCCAGCCAGCUCACCAACGUCAUCCUCCACUUGGCCCAGGAGGAAGCCGACUGGUCCGCAGAGAUGCUGGCCGACCGCUUCCUGCAGGCCCUCAGGGGGCUCAUCAGCUACUUAGAGGCCGGGGUCCUGCCCAGCGCCCUGAACCCCAAGGUGAAUCUGUUUGCAGAGCUCACCCCCGAAGAGAUAGAUGAAUUGGGCUACACCCUGUACUGCUCGCUGUCCGAGCCAGAGGUGCUGCUGCAGACGUAGGGCAGGGGAAGGUCAGGGUGGGCACGGGCCCUGGAGGGUCCGUUCGAAACCCUUGGCUGUGAAGCUGGUGCCUCCCAGGCUCCCUCGGGGCCUCCUGUCUGCUGGCCAUGGCCCAUAUCACGCCCCGUCACGCCCCGCCACGCUGAUCAGAUCCACGUCCUCCGUUCUGUUCUCACCCAGCCCUUUCUAUUUUUGUUACCAAACACAAACACUGUGCUCUUUGCUCCCCCCGCG